AUGGUGGCUGAAAAGUUGCUCAUCCCAGAUGGCUGUGGGGUCAAAUACAUCCCUAAUCGUGGCCCCUUGGACAAAUGGUGGUAUUGGCAAGAGAAAAAGAUACCGAUGUAUGUGAAGUUUAUGGAAGAUAACUACCGUCCUGAUUUCAAAUAUGAGGAUUUUGGACCACUAUUUACAGCACGGUUUUUUAAUGCGAGCUACUGGGCAGAUGUUUUUCAGGCUUCUGGUGCCAAAUACACUGUCUUAACUUCCAAACAUCAUGAAGGCUUUACCUUGUGGGGCUCAAAGCAUUCAUGGAACUGGAAUGCGGUGGAUGUGGGGCCCAAAAGGGACCUUGUCAAGGAGCUUGAGGCAGCUAUUAGGAACAGGACUGACCUUCGCUUUGGACUGUACUAUUCCCUCUUUGAAUGGUUUCAUCCACUCUUCCUUGAGGAUAAGUCCAGGUCAUUCCAUCAGCAACAAUUUCCAGUUUCCAAGACGCUGCCAGAACUCUACGAGCUAGUGAACAAGUAUCAGCCGGAGGUCCUGUGGUCGGAUGGUGAUGGAGAUGCCCCUGAUGACUACUGGAACAGCACGGUCUUCUUAGCCUGGCUGUAUAACCAAAGCCCCGUUCGGGACACAGUCGUCACCAAUGACCGCUGGGGACUCGGUACCAUCUGUAAGCAUGGCGGCUAUUAUACCUGCAGUGAUCGUUACCACCCAGGACAUCUUCUGCCUCAUAAAUGGGAAAAUUGCAUGACAAUAGACAAGUUUUCCUGGGGUUACAGGAGAGACGCCAGACUCAGUGACUAUCUUACAAUCGAAGAACUAGUGAAGGAACUUGUAGAGACAGUUUCAUGUGGAGGAAAUCUUUUGAUGAAUAUUGGGCCCACAUAUGAUGGCACAAUUCCUGUAAUUUUUGAGGAGCGACUGAGGCAAAUGGGGACCUGGCUAAAAGUCAAUGGAGAAGCUAUUUAUGAAACCUACCCUUGGAGGUCCCAGAGUGACAUCACCCCAGACGUGUGGUACACAUCCAAACCUAAACAAAAGUUGGUCUACGCCAUAUAUCUUAAAUGGCCCACAUCAAGACAUCUGUUUCUUGGCCAACCCAUCGCUACCCCGGGGGCAACAGAGAUUAAACUACUGGGACACGGACAGCCACUUAACUGGACGUCUUUGAAGCCAAAUGGCAUACUGGUAGAACUGCCACGUCUAACCUUUGAUCAGAUGCCCUGUAAAUGGGGCUGGGCUCUAGCACUAACUAAUGUGAUCUAAUUUGCAGCAGAGUAGUUCAUGCUGCAGGUACAUCGAAGACUCGAAAAUAUCAGGUUUCUAUAAUUGUAGCAUAUAGAGAAAGCAAAUGUAAAAUUGGUCAAGGAAAGUCAAAUAUUUAGGCAAUUCAGGUCCUUUCCCCUCUUACUGCUUAUGUUUGUUCCUAAAUUACCCAUGUAAUUGUUUUACCUCUCCAGUGUACUUUGCCAUUGAAGUCUCUUCACAUUGAAUUUAUUUCCAUGUGUGAUUAAGAGGUGGAAAUUUUUGUUUUAUGGUAGCCAGGAA